GACCCAUGGGCUGUGGCUAUAAAAACGCUGGGAGGUACAGGGAUGCAUCAAGACGUAAAUCCAGAAGUGCACUGACUUUCGCGUGCGCACAGACGUCAUGAAAGCUUUCUUCCUGGUGCUGUGUCACCUGGCUGUCAGUCAUGCCUGGACCUGCUCUGAGGCUCCACGGCUGUAUAACGCCGUGCAGGUUGAGGUUGUGGUGAGAGACAUACACAGCAGUGCAUACUUCCUGAGUGGAUCAUCUUGGUACAGACUAGGCUCGACGAGGCUCAAACAUGUCUCAGUGGAAACUGCAGGACUGUGGGGAGCUGACAUCAUAAACAGGGUUUAUAAGCACAUUACAGGAAACUUUCAGCUAUCUGCUGGUAAUUAUUGUUUGUCUCUGCAGCAGGUGGAUGCUGGAGGCGAUGGGUAGGUCGUUGGAGUAGCACCCAGCACCUACAGCGCCUAUUGCCUGCGAAGUAGCUCAGCUAUGGCUUACAGAGGAGUGGGAUCCCUGAGCUGGGCACAUCUGUCAUGGAGAAUGAAAUACCUCAGCUGCGGCCCGCUACACGGAUGCUGGGGGGUUGACGUGAGUUCCCAGGUCUACUUCACUCAGAGAAUAACACCAACCACUUGUGGCACCACCACCUGGAUAUGAACUUCAGGGUUAAACAUGAAAAUGGUUGAGUACAGUACUGAUGAAAAUGCUUUCAACUUGUCUUACACUGCCCGGUUUCUUAACAGAAGUGGCAUCUCCAGUUCUCGCCCACAAGGCACUGCAUGGGUCGCCGUCUCGGUGUGCAUGCCAGUGAGCCUGGGCAAGCUUUGGGUCGUGACCAAUUCCAGUUAUCUCAUGGUGUGCUCACGCUAAUGUCAUCUUUGUGGUACUCGGAAAGCACCAGCCUGUUCUUCAGGGAGAGUUGUUGUUGUUGCUGUUGUUUUUAAGGAAAAUGAAUCUUAACUGCAUUGACGUCCUCUGUUGAUUAUUAAUUCAUACCAGUUAGCUUUAGCUGUUUUCUCAGGCUGAUGCAACCAAUUAAGAGCAGAUAUAGCUAACUCCGAGAGAGUAUUUCAUUAAUCAGCAACAAACCAGCCACACUAGUGGAAAAUUUAUUAAAUAAUCUUUUAACUCUAUUUUAAAUCUAUAGGACUGUGAAACAUGACAUGAAAAUGACAAAAAUACUGUAAGCUAUAAGCAAGUGUGAGAUAAUGCACUGGAGAUGUAACUUGGGUGCAGCUUAAACCAGUUGGCAUGCUUUCUUACUUUGAAUAAAUGACAACUGCACUGUUUCGUGUGGCUUUUUAAAAUGGGAAAUUUUACUGUGGUAAAAUGUGUAAAUAAGAGAACUAUAAUUAAGUUUGUUGGCA